AUGACAUACUCCUUACAAACAAUUCCAGCGGAGCUGUUUCUCAGUGUGGUCGACUACAUUCCAAGCCGUCGGGAUCUCCUCAAUCUAGCAAGCUGCUCUCACCGAUGCUAUGACAUUGUCACUCCUAGAGCGUAUCGCUCGGUCUUCUUUUCUUUAGGGUCGUUGCGAGCUAUAUCGGGACUGCUUCGGACAAUUUUGCUUAAUCCAACUAUAGCCGAAUUCGUGCUUUCGGUAGACGUAUUACUAGCUCAAGACCACCCCGGAGAAUCCUUCUUGGUUGACACAAAUAUGUCACCGCUGUUCCCGAUCCCGCACCAAUGCCUUGAACGCGCCGUCAAUGUUGUAUCCACCUCUAGGAAGGAAAAAUACCAGUGGCUGAGUGCUCUGAAUUCGAAAAACCCCGAUGCUUAUGUUGCUCUACUUCUAUCUCCACUUGUUAAUCUGAAAACAUUGAUUCUCAGACCUUGGGGGCGAGGCUCAUAUUGCUUCAAAAUCCUACAGCGGGCGGCAGCUGAUAAUACUGGCCUUGGCCAUACCUUUCCACGCCUUCAAGAUCUGAGACUGUACGACAAUGGUAGCACUCGUCUUAUUUCUUCUAACAUGCUCGCCUCGCUAGUGCUCUUGCCCGCCCUCCAACAUUUGGAAGCCUGGUCUUUGUAUGGCGAUGAAAUGGAGAACAUUGAUUGGGCUGGACUGGGCCGCUCUAAUGUCACAUAUAUCGCCCUUACUGGAGCUGUCUGUGUUAAUGGACUAGGGAAGCUGCUCCCAAGCUGCAGAAAUCUCAAAGUAUUUGAUUACACCCACUGCUAUCCCGGUGAUGCUGCAUCUUUUGAUCCGCAUCGAUUAUAUGAAUCCCUCCAUGCAGUUAAGGAUACCUUGGAAAUUCUGCGUUUUCGAUCCUAUCAACGUCAGGUGAAUAAUAGAGCAUUUAUUGGUUCAUUUGCCGGGUUUACAGCUCUUAAAGAGCUCGAAAUUGGGGCCCGAUUCUUGCAUAGUUUGAACAUGGCAGUCAGACUUCACACACUUUUCCCCGUUUCUCUUGAAAAGUUAAAAAUUCUAUCCCUCAGCGAAGACCGUGUGCUUUGGGCUCUGCAAGAGAUUGACUUUUGGCUUGACGGCUGGCUAAACUCUACACCGGAUCUUCGCAAGGUUGUCCUUGGUGGCAGUGGAUUCUUCACGAUGUCGCAGUGUUCAAUGAUAAGUCGCUAUUUGCAAAAAUGGAAGAAAAUGACCCACUGCAUUAUGAUAUCUGGGGAGGACUUUUUGUGUGAUGUACAUACACUGAUUUUCUAG